UGUAGUGUUGGAUACGAUGUAUACUUAGGACCUGUAGAACGCUCUGGGUAUGAGGUCGAAUGCAGGGAGCCGUCCGGUGUACUCGCCUCGGUGAACUACCCAUCCUACGAAGACUCCACGAAUAGUUGGGUCAUCACUACCGGAAGUAAUACCUACAUCGUGGUCAACAAUAUCAUUUUAGAACUGAAAGAGAGUGAAAGCCAUGUGCAAUCACAAAUAGAUCCUAAUCAAUGCCGAAGUUUCCUGAGGAUCAGUGAGAAGGAUGACCUUGGUGAUAUGGAGGAAACUGAGUAUUGUCCGGUCAUUAAUCCGAUAAAAGGGGAACUGGAAACCAGAAAAAAUCGUCUGGAAAUCAGUAUGCAUCUUGACAUUGGAGAUCAGGGAAAAUUCUAUGCAGAAUACCAAAGUCGACAUUUUCCAGGCGUUACGGACAAAUCUCAACCAGGUUAUAUUUGCCAAGACGGCUGGGAUAGAUACUUAAAUUUCUGUUACCAGAUGAUCUCAGCUGAAUCGGAAGUCACGUGGCAUGAGGCAGAAGAGGCGUGUAAAGAUAAAGGGGAGGGGUCCCAUCUUGUCAGUAUCAAGGGAACAGGUGGAAUGGACUUUGUUCAUCAUAAGCUUACCUCUGGUUGGCUGUUGGAGGAGGAAUAUAACUGGGUAUAUAUAGGUCUUAAGCGGAUCGACGAUGAAGGCAAAUUCCGUUGGUCGGAUGGUUCUCCAAUGUCCUUUACUUCAUGGUAUAGAUCUUUUGUUUUCAGUACGUCGAACGAAGUACAUAGCCAGCCCGAUGGCAGUGAACUAGAAGAAUGCACAAUGAUCAUUAUGACACGGGUCAAUUCCGUUGCCCAGUGGCAUGAUGUGACUUGCUCCCGACCUAGCACCAGACAUUACAUUUGCAAACAACCGGCAGUCAAUAAUGUGACAGGGGAAGUCUUUCACACGGAUAACUACACGGUAGUUUACAAUAAGCCAGAUGAAGAUACAUCUUGUCCGCCAUCACUAUAUAUGUGCACAGAUGGGGAGUACUAUAUCCAACGAAUUUUCGUUUGCGACGGCAUCGACCACUGCUAUGACGGGUCGGAUGAGUUGGAUUGUAAAGCACAUGAUGAUGAUGAAUGUCCGAAAGAUUUCUUCAGGUGCACCGAAGGACAGUGUAUAUCGACUUCAUUCCUGUGUGAUAACAUAAAUCAUUGUGAAGACAACUCGGACGAACUGGGAUGCCACUACGCGCCAUGCCGUGAGGAUGAAGUACCUUGUGAGUUUGAUCGUAAUAUAUGUAUCGCGAGCACAAAAAUAUGUGAUCUGAUACAAGACUGCCCUUAUGAAACAGAUGAGACUGACUGUGACGAGGAGCCUUCUUUAUUUCCAUGUUACUCAGGGAGAAUGUUACCAAAAAGCGCCGUUUGUGAUGGGAUGGUUGAUUGCAUCGGUAGCUCGUACGAAGAUGAAUUAAAAUGCGAUUAUAACGAGCCAAAUUACACUUGCGAUCCGGAAACAGAACUUCAAUGCGACAAUGGAAAGUGUGUUGACCUAAAGACGAAAUGUCUGUAUGACGUGGACAGGUUGGGGUUCAUCAUUGGCUGCCGUGAUGUGUCACAUCUUCAAGAUUGUUCGGACUUUGUUUGCCCUCCAUAUACCUUCGGAUGUCCGUUAUCGUAUUGUAUUCCACUGCGCAUGCGCUGUAAUGGAAUCAAGGAUUGCCCAAACGGCCAGGACGAGUUGGAAUGCGAUCAAGACCAAUACAAAUGCCCGAAUUCGAGCUAUGCUUGUCAGCAGCGAUCCGUAGAAGCGAUCGAAGGCCAGAGAAUAUGCCUUGCCCCCGAUCAGAUAUGUGAUGGUCAGACGCAGUGCCCCCAAGGAGAUGACGAAUUGUAUUGUGAUUUUACCUGCCCAAUCAAUUGCACAUGUUUUGGUUUAUCAGUCACGUGUGAAAGACCCUCGUGGAAAAGCCACAAUCCACCAGUCCUUCACAGAGAUAUACGCGUACUACGCAUUUCUGACGUACAACUUGUUCUGGAACCUACUGAUGAGGGCACUCUUUACCGAAAUGACAAUCGUACAGAGUCGGAUGAAGACGAGCCUAUCUCUAUAUCGCUGACUAACCUGCCUUAUCUUGCUGAAUUGGAGCUGACAUCUACUGGAAUCAAACGUCUUACUCCCAGUGUAUUCCUAAACAAUACGAAUCUUUAUAAGAUGAAUCUCUCGGGGAAUGAGUUAGAUGAUAUUGCGGCUGGGGCUCUGUAUCCUCUGAAAAGUUUGAGAAAUUUAGAUAUCACCAAUACAUCAGUGGAUGCUGGACCUAAGAACAAAGAUCUCUUCUUGGGAGUCAACAAUACACUGACAGAAUUGCACGCUGAUAAUUUUGUAUUUUGCUGCUUACUUGAUCCAAACGUCGAGUGCCAGACAGAGAAAGAUCGCUUCUCCUCAUGUGAUAACCUUCUCAACAAUGAACUGCUUCGCAUACUGAUGUGGGUUUUGGGUAUCAGUGCUCUGAUAGGAAACACCUUUGUGGUCUCCUAUCGCAUCCUCCAACGCAAGCGAGUGGAGAAUAGUCAGGUCCAGUCCCACUUGAUUUCAAAUCUGGCGGUUUCCGACCUGAUGAUGGGAGUCUACAUGAUGAUCAUUGCCGCCAAAGACGAGAAUUACCGUGGACACUACUACCUACACUCUGAGUCAUGGAGAAGCAGUGUUCUCUGCAAGACCGCAGGGUUCUUAUCGAUGCUCUCCAGCGAGGUCUCUGUGUUCCUUGUCAUGAUCAUCAGCUUGGAUCGGCUCUUCUGCGUCGUCUUUCCCUUCAGGCAGAGGCUUCACCUAACACCACAUAAGGCUCUGGUCCUUAUCGUCGCGACCUGGAUCUUUUCGUUCCUGCUUAGUCUAGUCCCACUCCUGGUGCCAGACUAUGCAGGGCAUUUCUAUGGGCAGUCCAGCGUAUGCCUUGCCAUUCCCCUAACACCGGAAACAGAACCUGGUUGGGAGUACUCCGUCUUUAUCUUCUUGGGCAUAAACUUCUUCAGUUUCAUGGUAACGCUCAUCUGCUAUGUCGUCAUUUUCGCUGAGGUGUACAGGUCGUCUGCACGAAUGGCUGGGCGGAAGCAGCAAACAUCACAUAGCAGACGGUUGAACAGUCAGAUCAAAUUGGCGUCCAAGAUGGCGCUUAUUGUAGGCACAGAUUUCUGCUGUUGGAUGCCUGUUAUCAUCAUGGGAAUUCUAGCAAAAACCGGUGCUGCCGAAAUACCUGCCGACAUGUAUGCCUGGUCAGCUGUAGUUCUUCUCCCCAUCAACUCCGCUAUAAACCCUUACCUCUACACUCUAUCAAGCCUUCGGCAGCGCAGGAAACAGAGACUAAGAACCAAGGCACUGGCAACGAAUAUGAGCAUGCAAGAUGUCAAUACGAAAACUGAGAUCUCAGUUGAUGAUAAUCUGGACAACAGCAGUUCGGAAGAACCUUGUCAAGUAAACAUCAACCCUCUGUAUGCCAGCCUGGCCAAACAUUGCAUACUGACUCCUUUCACCCACUUUGGCAGAACCACCCAUAUCCAGACCUUGACAGAGUAUAUCAAUCAACGUGGGACAAUGCCUUCCAUGGUGGACAGCGCCCUCAUUCGACGGGAUAUCUCCAAGGCAUUGUCAUACCUGAAGUCCAAGGGGGUGGUGGACAUGGAGCCGGGAGAAGAGAAGAUUGCGGUGCAGCUGAGCUCUGGAGGUGACGUCCGCCAGGCCUUCUUUGUUGUUUACAAUGCCAAGGACGUACAGCGGUUGCUGCAACCAAACAGCAAAUCCUCGAACCUCAACAACCACCUGUCGGAUCAGAGAGAGUAUGUGAAGACCAUGCUGGAAGACCUGCGGGAGAAGGACGAGAAUCUUAAACCCAAGGAUGAUAAUCUUAAAGCAUCCAAAGUUGGAUAUUAGCCCUAUUGUGUCAAUGAGUCAUGGACUUCUAUCUUGAAAAGAGUUCAGUUUAAUCCGAUCAAUCACAACUAUGAAAGGCCAGCAUGCCAACAACUAAUAAACAGAUUUUCCUUCAAAAUGUUUUAACUAUGAUGUAUAUUCGUGCAUACAUAUCACUAACAUGACCAAUAGUGUGUUUCCAACAAAUGUUGUGAAUUAUGAAUUAUGACAUUAUUCAGAUCAAUCACAACUCUCAUGCAUACAUCAUUGAUACGACCAAACAAUGUGUUUCCAAAGGGAUGUUAUAUAUAUAUUUCUCAAUGAAGAAUAAUGACAUACAUGCAUUUCCAUAGUUCAGAUUGAUAAUCAAUCAACAUCUCUUUGCAAGACGGGACCAUGAUGUAGCUUGAGGAAAGCAUCAAAUGUAUCUUGGAUUUCCUUGUGCCACUAUAUCAAUAACAAAUGACGUGCAUUAUUUUUUUAGAGAAUUGUGUCAACAUGUUAUUACUUCACUUGUAGUUUUGUAGCGUCUUUCAAAUGUGAUAUAUACGAAUGAUUGCAGAAAACGUAUUCCACUGCGCUUGAAAUCUUUGAAAUUAGACAUGAUUCCCAAACAGUUGGGAUAUGAGGAGAUUUACAAAGGGUUUUGAUUUCUUUAAGGUAUGACAUAAUGACAUAAUGACAUAAUACUCCCCAGGGAGUGGAGGAUGUGCACACAUUGUGUGCGGGAAUGACUGAUUGAAUCCGACGACCGGGGUAAUAAUAUAUCUGUAAUGCGCUUGGACACGUCGUUCCGAUGUAUUAAGCGCUAUAUAAAAAAGCGGAUUAUUAUUAUUAUUAUUAAUGAGACAAGUUAAUGUAAAAUGGGCUCAGGUUUUCAGCUUCAAACUAAAUUUAUAUCGAAUAAUGAUCAUUUAUCUUUGAAUAAAUACAAAGGGACAAAUUACCAUGAGAAAGUUAUGUGGGAGACCUUGCUUCAUUACGAAGAAGUCUUUAAAUAUUCAUGUACUAAACAUAUAUAGUUUCAGAAAAUAUAUGCUCCAGUACUUUAAAUAUCAAAGCCAGAUUUUAGAUCAAUUUAAAUGGAUGUGAAAGGGAUAUAUUAAAAUCAGAUUCAGAAAAUAGUAGAAAAGAUAUUAAAAGCUCUUUAUCCUUAUCAUGAAGACUUUUCGAUUUCGUUGUACGGGGGUAUUACAGUUUAUCAAUGAAAUUUAAAAAUCGAAUUGAUUUAGUGUAUUUUCCAAUGAUCCUUAUUCAUAUCGUGUUGUAAAUACAAGUAGUAGUCCCCAUGAUUCACUAUAAGAUAUGGGCAGGUUUUUCAGACAUAUACAAUUGAACAUGAAAACAUGAUAAAGGAAUCAUUGUAGAAGUGAAUGUAGAUAUUUAAUAAAUAUUUUAUUACUAAAACUUUGCCUUAAUGAUUGAUUGUAUAGAGGCAAAAAAAAUUACCAAUAGUUUGCUGAAAGGAAGAUGAUACUAGAUUGCAAUGAUGAAUUGUUGUUUCAGGCAGCUUUGAUGUAUAGGAUCAAUCCAUUAUUUCUGAAGGGUUGCAUAUCAUUAAGCUAAGGCGACACCGCAGCCUACCCCAUGAUUCUCAAGUAUUGAAAAAAAAAUUAUAAAAGAGGAAGAAUAUGGACAAAGGAAGAAAGAAGAGUUUGUAACAAAAUUAGGUCAUAUUUUCCAAUUAAUUGUCUACACUAAAAGCAUAAUCUUUUAAUAAUGAAGAUUCAUUUCAAUUACUUGACACUUCCGGCUGGAGAUUUUUACAGAAUGUAAAAUAAAACAUUGGUUGUUGCUCUAAAUAAAAACUUUUUACUAGACCAUUUGGUACAAGUACUGUGUUUUUCAAUGAUGAAUAGGUCAUCCCACCUAGGACAUAAGGUAUUUUCUAAACUUUUCUUGCUUCUCUUCAAGCCACAGUAAAGCAUAAAGUGGCAAUUUAUGGAGACGUUUAUGGAACUUACAAGGGAAUAUAUUUUGAUAUUUUGCGGCUAAUAUCACCCUUUGCCAAUGUGAAAAUCGUUUUAUGUGGUUUUGUUUUGUUGAAUAAAUAUCUUAUUGAUAUUACUUUCACAUUUCAUCCAUUCCAUGUGUAUCAGCCCCGCACCUUGUUACAACAUUUUAAAAUUCAUCUAAAUGACCCAUUCUGGUUGGUUGUUGAGAAGUCAAAUAAUGCUACAAUUACAGGAAAAGAUAGAGAUGUGGCAUUUUUUGUUGAGUAAAUAUCUUACUGAAUUCGCUUCUUCUCUUUCAUCCAUUCCAUUUGUACUAGCGCCAUACUUUGUUACAGCAUAUAUUUAUGUAAAUGCACUUUUGCGGUUGGUUCAAAUCUGUAAUGCUAUAGUUAUACAGGUUAAGCCGAUCCCACUUCGACACACAUUUUAUCGAAUGGUGUAUAUACAUGGGACAGUUUGGGGUAAGUUUCGUCGUUGUGACUAGUGCUUUACAUUUCCUUUUUAAGUUACGUGUGUUGGCAAAGGCCCCCAAAGUAAUCUGAUGGAUAAUAUUUUUGUUAUCAGGUUAUAUUAUGAUGUCGCAGUGAAUCUAUUUUUUCUUGUUUUGCUUAUCCCAUUAUUGUGUAUUUCUUUCAGAAAUGUUUUCUUUUGCCUAGCCAAUGGUAUAGACCAAGUCUUUCAGAAUUUCACCUUGCUUUAAAUGUGCUGUCUUUCUAUUACGAUGAAUAAACUCACUAUAUAAUGAGA